GAAUAGAUGCUCUUUUGUCAUAAUUAUUUUCCCUGUGCAUUAUUUUUGCGAAAAUUUAUCUAUCGUUUAUAUUUUGUUUCGUAACUAAUCAACAUAGAAUUCUAAUUAAUAACAUCAUAAAUUAAUAUUAUUUAAAAAUUUUGCUCUAAUUUUUGGCCAUCGAAUAUCGUAAAUAUGUUGACUCGUACAAAUAUACAUUUGCAAUUACAAACUUCAUUAAUGAAGAGGAUUAAUACUAUAAUGACAGGCAGUAUGAGAGCAACAGAAAGUUCAGAAGUAAAGAAAGAAGAAUCGGAACGUAUGAAGCAAUUUCAUGAGAAACUUAAAUUACAACCGAUGCCACGUGUACCACCACGUGAACGUUUCGUCGAUUUGGUUUUGGUGGAAACUGAUCCUCAAACUGGAGAAUUAAUCACAGAUAACGAAAAGGAACCAACCAAAUGGGGUGAUUGGCAAAUUGGUGGAAGGGUAUAUUUGGAUAUUGGGAACAAUAUUAAUUUAGCUCACGGGACAUUUCGAGACAACAAUGUCUAACACAAGAUUCUCUGA